UCCAUCCCCCACCCCCUCCCGGUGUGAGUGACGGGGUACGACGGUGUCGCGGAAUCGAGGCGACCUACCAGAGACUCAACCGGAAUGCGUUCCCGUUUAUGGCGUCGAACGUGAUGCAAUGCUCUGUUUUGGCGAACGUAACGACGCCACACGACAGCGACAGCGACACCGGCGCACUGGGGAGCGAGGACGGGAGCCCGCGGCGGGUGUAAAAGCCUAGCUAGCCUUGGCCGUAUGUGCGCGGCGGUAGCCAUUGUUUGAGUUGUCGGCUAACAUGGCAACGACGACGACGGCGGCGGCGGCGGCCGAGGCUCGGGACGGCAGCGUCGGUUAGACGGCGGCUCGCGGCGUUCUUAUUAACGAGUGGUCAUCCCACAUGAUGCGUGGCAGUCCCUCGGCCAGGAAGCACAACCUGCCCCUCUCUCCCGCAGCCUCGCUUUGGCUUCCCCGGUAAAGCUCACCUUCCCCGCCUGACCCCGAGAUGACCGACAGGAAAGAGCCUCCCUUCUUCAACGACGACCGCCUGGGAGCUUUUCACCACAAGCUUCCGCUGUACGACCCCAUGGAGCUGUUCAUCGAGACUCUGACCGGGACGUGUUUCGAGCUGCGCGUGUUGCCCUUUGAGGCCGUCAUCUCGGUCAAGGCCAAGAUCCAAAGGCUUGAAGGCAUCCCAGUUGCCCAGCAACACCUCAUCUGGAACAACCUGGAGCUGGAUGAUGAACACUGUCUUCACGAUUACGGCAUUGCGGAGGGCUGCACUUUGAAGCUGGUCUUAGCCAUGAGGGGAGGUCCAAUCAACACCAGAAGGGUAACCAUGGAGGAUCCUGCGAAAGAGGUGGUGGAGUCCAUGGAGGGCACAAAGGAGGAGGGUUGGGAGAAGGGCUCAACCAACAAGCAGGUCACGUUCGUGGUCUACCGCGAGGGCGAUCAGCUCAACUUCUUCCGGGUGGUGGACAGGGGAGACGGUUCCCUCACGCCUCUGUCGGAGUCGCUUAGUGGCAGCUCAGUGUACAAUAUGUGCACCGAGGAGGACAACGGCGGCGAGCGCUCCGCGGCUGCUCAGAGCCUGGAAAACUCCAUCACCAUGAGCAAAAUGAAGCUGCUGAAAGCCAAGAUGGAGGACAUGAACAUCAACAAAAAGCCGAAGAAGACGAGUAAGGCAAAACCGCGUCCCCCCGUCGGCGUCCAUCCCGGCGGGGGCCACCCGAUACCAUCCAUCACGCGACUCCAUCAGCGCCUAUUGCGUUCGUUGCCGCAGAUUAACCCGUCUCGGCAGCUCAGCGCGCAGCUACCUCCCAGAGCAGACCAAGAGCUCCCGGACUCGUCUCCGGCUGGCGCGGCUGCUCCCGUGUCUUCCCGCUCGCCCGUCUCGAGACGGCCGCCUCCCUCUUUCCCCUCGCCGUCUUGCUACAUGCUGCAGGAGGAGGAGCCGUGGGAGACGUGCGCACCCUUUGCAAAGAUUCGCCCCCCUCCCAAAGUGUCCCGCUUGGACAUCGGUGGCACCAGGCUGAUGAGAGACUGCGUGUACCCUCAGCUCCCUCCGCUGUGCACCAGGAGUUCGCCCGAAGCCGCGUUUGAACCGCUGAAGCCGGUCAGCGAGGCAGUCGGGUUGAGUUUAUUGGAGGAAGCUGGCGGCGUGGUGGCGCCGUCGCAGUCCGCCGCGUCAUUCGGGGAGCUCGCGGACCCUCUGAGUCUAAAUUUGUCUUCUCAAUCGGAGGAAGCCUGUCGAGCCUUUGACCUCGGCGCGCCGUCCCAGGUGCCUCUCCCGCCCUCCCCUCUCAGUACUUGGACGCUCGGGACCGGUGGCGACACCCUGACCAGCAGAGCAGAUCUAACGCAGCUCAGCACUUCCUUCCAUUUAAACCCCCCCGAUUCCAGCUCCCCAAAGCCCCGUUUUCCGUCUUUUGAAUCCACGCUCCCCCUUCAAGUGCGCUCGGCAGGACAGGUGAAGCCGGGCAGCCCCUCCCCGCUCCCGUCCAUGAUGUCGAGUCACGCGCCGCGCCUGCGGGGCGUCAAGGUGGAGUCGCCCGGCAAGAGGCCUGAGCUGCUUUCAAAGAAGGAACCCAGAGGCGUGACCAAGAUGGCCAACCAAGCCUGUCGAGAGCAGCUGGGCCCCCUGGGAAACUCGGAUCACCUCGCCGCUCUCUCUGCGAGGCCCGUCGACGUAAGCGGCGCGAGGCGAGGCGGCCUGGGGGUUCCCUUACCCCCUGCUGCAGCCAUCGGACAGGGAAUCCUGGGGUCCAGGCUGCCGGGCCUCCCUCAGGACGACGCCGCUCGACAGACGUCUUUGCACCGAGCGGCGGUCUCCUCGUACGCGGCCAACAAAUGUCUGGUCUCCAGCGGGGGGGUCAUGCCUCCAUUCGGGAGAAUUGGGACCCCGACGUACCACCUACCUCCAGUCAAGCCCCCCACGGGCGCCAAGAAGAAGAGUUCCAAGCACUGCUUCCUUUGUGGCAAGAAGACGGGCUUGGCCUCCAGCUACGAGUGCAGGUGCGGCAGCAACUUCUGCGCCGCUCACCGCUAUGCAGAGACGCACAACUGCUCGUACGACUACAAGGGGGCGGGGAGGCGCUUCCUGCAGGACGCCAACCCGCUCGUCAGCGCUCCCAAGCUGCCUAAGAUCUAGAAGGUUUCUUCUGACCCCCGGCGAGGAGGACGCCGUUCAGCCUUUUGAGGAACGCCGAUUAUUCACCGACGUGUGCUUUGGUUUUUCUCGUCCCUCGCAGCCAAGGCGAACUCUCUAAAUUGUGGACAAACGGCAGAUGAUCGAUGUGGAAAGUGUUCCUUUUUAUUGCUCUGUGCACAUAGGUAGGUUGGUUGUUGUUCAUUUUUAUUUUGGUUUUUGUUGCAAAAUAUCAGCCGCAUAUUCAGAUAUUGUGGGGGGGGGGGCUGAUUGAUUUCCGUUGGACAAAUCUUGGCCAGAUGCACUUUAGAAAUAUCAUGUUUGAACUUAUUCUGGGCUGAGAAGUCUUUUUUUUUUUUUUUUUUAAUUGUCUGUCCGUGUCGUGUUUGUUGUCAUUUUUUGGAAGGGGGUGGGGGGGGUGUCGUAUCCUGCACCUCAAAAGUCUCGUUACGCAGGCACAUGCAAAUGAACUAACACCCACAUGUUAAUAUUUAUUCAUGAAAAUAUUUAAAUUCAAGUAUGCAGUUGGUGUCUGUGAGGACGGAAAUUGUAAUCGUGUAUGUGGCGGGUGGGGUGGGGGGUAAAGUUAACAGAAUAUGUAUUUAGUAAGUAAGAAUCUUUUGUAUUGUUUUUUUUAAAAAUUCUCAUGCUGUCAUCGUAUACCUGCAGGGGGCGCAACUUGAAAUAAAAGUUUCUUCCUAUUCCCUCAGAU